ACUCACUUGGAUCGGCUGCAUGUGGGAAGACUAAAGCAACUCUUAGGGGAUUUAGCCAGAGCUGCCUCCUAGCUGUGUUUUUGGAAGAAAGCGACAACAACGGAAGGCAAAGCAGCAAGAGGGUUAUGCUGAAGAUCACACCUGCCAGGCGCCAGCAGAGCGAGCGCUCUGCCUUCCUCGCGUGCGCUUGUCCGUCUGUCUGGCUGGUAAGCCCAGCGAUCACAUGCAUCCCUCUCCUGCCCCCUCCCUCUGCAGCCCUCUGUCCCGCUGCACGCCUCGCAACUUCUGCAAACUAGCCCAGAGCAGAGGCACUUUCCGCAGACGGGCUCCCUUAUCCCCCUGCCAGGGCUUUCUGCUUCCCCUUCUUCCCAAGUAAAGUUCAGGGGCAUGCAGAGGAGAAAGCAAACACUAAUGAUCGCCCUUGGCAAGGAAAGCUCAUGUUCGUCUCAGCUCUGCCUCGCUCUCUGCGCCUUUGGGCUCCUAUUGCUGGGGGAUCUGUCCCAGGCUGUACCCAUGGACGAUCAGGAUUAUUAUCUGCAGGAGAUUAGCAACAGGGAUCAUUAUUACUCCUUUCCGUACCCUGGUGAAGAGUAUUUUCCUUUCACGGAGCAACCUGGAGAGGAGGGAACUAUCCGUGCUGCACAGCCAGAGGAGCACCCAGGGUUCAAACCGAGCAGGAAAGAGUUAAAACCGAAGAAAAGCAGCAAAAAGGGAAAAUCCAUUCUUGAAACUCCACCAGAUUGUCCUCCACUUGGUCUAGAGACAUUAAAAAUUACUGACUUCCAGCUCCAUGCCUCUACAGCAAAGCGAUAUGGCCUUGGGGCCCACAGAGGAAGGCUUAAUAUUCAGGCAGGUGUUAACGAAAAUGAUUUUUAUGAUGGUGCUUGGUGUGCAGGAAGAAAUGACCCGUUUCAGUGGAUUGAAGUAGAUGCUCGAAGGCUAACAAAAUUCACUGGAGUCAUCACACAAGGAAGAAAUUCUCUCUGGUCGAGUAACUGGGUGACUUCUUACAGAGUAUUGGUGAGCAAUGACAGUCAUGCAUGGACUGCUGUCAAAAAUGAAUCUGGAGAUGUGAUUUUUGAAGGCAAUAGUGAGAAGGAGAUCCCAGUUCUCAAUAUGCUGCCAGUGCCACUGGUUGCACGCUACAUCCGUAUAAACCCUCGGUCCUGGUAUGAAGAAGGUAGCAUCUGUAUGAGAUUGGAAAUCUUAGGGUGUCCUUUGCCAGACCCAAAUAAUUAUUACCACAGAAGAAAUGAAAUGACAACCACAGAUAAUCUUGACUUCAAGCAUCACAACUAUAAGGAAAUGAGGCAGCUGAUGAAAACGGUGAAUAAAAUGUGCCCGAAUAUCACAAGAAUUUACAAUAUUGGAAAAAGCCACCAAGGACUAAAGCUGUAUGCUGUUGAGAUUUCUGACAACCCAGGAGAACACGAAGUUGGUGAACCAGAAUUUCGGUACAUUGCAGGAGCUCAUGGGAACGAAGUGCUUGGACGUGAGCUAAUCCUUUUGUUGAUGCAGUUCAUGUGUCAGGAAUACCUCGCUGGAAACCCACGCAUUGUCCACCUCAUUGAGGAUACCAGAAUUCACCUUCUUCCCUCAGUCAACCCAGAUGGAUAUGACAAGGCAUACAAAGCGGGUUCAGAAUUAGGGGGCUGGUCUUUAGGACGAUGGACUCAGGAUGGCAUUGACAUCAACAAUAAUUUCCCUGAUUUAAACUCUUUGCUUUGGGAGUCUGAAGAUCAGAAGAAGAGCAAAAGAAAAGUUCCAAACCAUCACAUUCCCAUUCCUGACUGGUACCUGUCUGAAAAUGCCACUGUGGCAGUUGAGACACGAGCAAUAAUCGCGUGGAUGGAAAAAAUUCCUUUUGUGCUGGGUGGCAAUCUGCAGGGAGGAGAGCUGGUGGUGGCGUACCCCUAUGACAUGGUGCGGUCCCUGUGGAAAACCCAGGACUACACGCCCACCCCAGAUGACCACGUCUUUCGCUGGCUUGCGUACUCCUAUGCCUCCACACACCGACUGAUGACAGAUGCGAGGAGGAGAGCGUGUCACACAGAGGACUUCCAGAAGGAGGACGGCACGGUUAAUGGAGCAUCGUGGCAUACCGUGGCUGGAAGCAUAAAUGACUUCAGCUACCUGCACACAAACUGCUUUGAGCUGUCCAUCUACGUGGGCUGUGACAAGUAUCCCCAUGAGAGUGAGUUGCCUGAAGAAUGGGAGAACAACCGGGAAUCCCUGAUUGUUUUUAUGGAGCAGGUCCAUCGGGGAAUCAAAGGCAUAGUGAAAGAUGUACAUGGAAGAGGAAUCCCAAAUGCCAUUAUUUCAGUAGAAGGUGUUAACCAUGAUAUUCGCACAGGAGCUGAUGGGGAUUACUGGCGGCUUCUCAACCCAGGGGAAUACGUGGUCAGCGUGAACGCCGAGGGCUACACUGGUGCCACCAAGACCUGCGAGGUGGGCUACGACAUGGGAGCCACCCAGUGCGACUUCACCAUCUCCAAAACCAACCUGGCGAGGAUCAAGGAAAUUAUGAGGAAGUUUGGGAAGCAGCCGAUCAGCCUGUCCCUGCGGCGGCUCCGGCAGCGGGCUCGGCAGUGGCGGCAGCGGAGAUAGACCUCGGCUCUGCCUCCAUUGGCUGUAGCAGUAGUGAGAGUUAUGUAGCCCAUCUCUUCAAACGCAUUUUCCUGUGCGAGGUCUUUCUGUUAGGGGAGCUGGAUGUGGGUUUGUCAUUUUGGAGAAAAAUUGGAAACAAAAUUCAGUUUGAGUCGAAGAGAAAUAAGCCCCAGCGUGUGGGGGGAGAGGCGGGAAGAAUGUAAAAAGAUGUUUUGAGUUAAACUGAUUUUUUUUUUAUUUUUUAUUUUUUUGCCUGUGGAUUAUUUAAUCCUUUGUAAAUCUGUUUUCUUUAAAUAUAGAAAAGGAAAAAAAAAAAAAAAAAGAGAGAUACUUGUAAAUGAGAAAUGUUGUUUUGAAUGAAAAAAAAUGAAAAAUGGUGUUUCUAAAGUAAAAAAUUGAUAUAUUUUUGCAAUUCAAAAAAGUUAUGACACUCUUUACAUUUUAUUCACAUAUGGGAGGAAAGCUGAGAGGGCACAGCUUCUGCUGAACAUCAUUAAAAUGUGUCAAAUUUCAGUCUUUUUCCCUGAAAGAGACUUCUGGACAAGCAUCAUAAUCUGAUUCCAGAACUUAAUGCCCAGAGUGUUUUCUCUUCUGUUUUAAAAGGCUGUAUUUUCUAAAUCUAACAAAAAGGUUGCUUGAUAAAAAUCACUGCAGCAAUGUGCUAUAGCACCUCCUCUCUGACCCAGGAGAAGGACUCAAAAUGAAGCUUUCAUCAUGCAUGCAGGCUUGGUCAUGGGCAUGUAUAUAGUUCACAAAUCCACUGUUCACAAAUCUUUUUUCUUGAUUCUGGUCUGCCUAUAAGUACUUUUGUGCUCAUGCAUGCAUUAUGCUCUGCAUAACAUGCAAGGGAUUUCAUGAUCCUCUACGUGGUCUCCUCAUCUUACCACUACAGCUGCUGCUUUUCUGGCCUCACUACUCUUAGAGCUGGAUAUGUGCUUAUUUAUUGUCUUAAGUAACAAAGUUGUACAGCAGGAUAGGAUUGAGGUUUGGUAAAGAUGCAGAUCAGAUCUGGGAAAGAAUGAACUAAAUAAACACUGGUCAAACCAUCAGCUGGUGAAAAUCAACUUUGCUCUGUUAGCUUCAAUGUCAUGACCUUAGUUAUACCAAAAUAAGGGCCAGCUGUACCUUUUUAGCCAGUCAAAAUCUGUGGAUAAACAAACAUUUUUAAUAUGCAUGGUAGUGAGGCUGCAGCAUACACUUCCAAACAGAGUUUGUUUAAAACUUUUUAAUUGCUAUUACAGUUCUUGCCUAUCUUGAUAUAUGAUUCACCCAACUAUCAUUCAAAACAGGAGAAGUAAACUAAAUAGAAAACUUACUGUAAAAAUAUUACUUGCCAUCUGUACUAAAUCUUCUUUCUUGUCAGCAAAGAAUCUUGUAAACACAAAAGGCAAAAGAUUGCAGAAUGAAUAAUAAAAUCAUGAACCCUUGCAUAAUAAAUAGUCCUAUUAUUAAAUUUCAUAGACAAUUCCAGCCUAUGCUUGUUCUGCAAAUUCCAUUAAAUAACAGCAAUGUAUUUGACAGCAAAGGCACAAAGAAAAUAACAGGGUGCACACACAGUUUUCUAUAACUGAAAUUAUGGAACUCCAGCUCCCAGUCAGCAUCAUUUAAAUUAAAUAAUAGAGGUAAACAAAUAAUCCAAUCAUCACAUUAGCAUUUUGAAAGAUAUUUUUCUUUUUCUUAUUUUUUCACUCUAUUUACCACCUUCCUUUACAACAUUCUAUGUUCCAUAUUUUUAUCUUGAGCUAAAUACUUAACAGCAAAGUUGUCAAGAAGGUUUUUUUUUAGCAUUUGAGAAAGGACAAGUGAUGUCAUUCUUUUUUUCAGGUAAUGAUGAGGAAGUUUUUUUUUGGAAUAGUAACAGCAUAAAGAUUUUCCUGCUAACUUGCCAGCAUGCCUGAUUUUUUUUUGUGUUAUGAACUGAUGAAGUUACUUAUGUAGCUUCUUUCUUGAGUCCUAUGAAGUCCCAGUCAUUUUGCUGGGGGGUUGUUUGCACAAAGAUAAAAACAAGGAAAUGAGGAGGCAAAUGUAAUUCACUGAUAUUCAGAUUGAAGGUGGAAACCACUAGCUGGAGGGUCCAUCCUGGCAGGUCAGUUCUUUCUACCUUGUAAUAACUUUUCAGGCUGUUAUGAGAUUUACUUUACAAACCUAACUGUCCCUAUGCUCUGUUCCCAGGUAUGAGGCUAUAUCAACAAAUAUUUUUUAUUCGGUAGUGAGAAGUGGAUUUCAUGGGAAGGCAUUUGAUAUCUGUUAGCUAAAAUUAAAUGGAUUCUGAUCGCUGCAGACCUCACUAACAUCAAAUGCUGAAGACAGUGGCCCUGGUGUUCUCUGCUGGCAGUGACUAGUGCUUGCAUGUACUUGAGUAUAGCAGAACUAUGACUAAUGCAGGUGACCUUGCUCUGUUUUGAUCCAGGCAUUACUAAAUAAAUGGCCUAAUAGACAUCAGGUAUAGUCAUCACUGCAAUUAUUUGUGAUUGUUCAGCACAUUUGAACUGAACGUUCAAGUUCAAAGGAAUUUUACUAGUAACUUUAGAAAUACGAAUAUCUCAUGCUAAGAUAAGAUGCUUAUGCCUGCCCUGAAUACAAUAAUACCAAAAUGAAGUGUGCCCUAUUUGCUACUAUAGUAAUGCACUUGGGAGUUAAAAUGUUCUUUCUUUCUUUCUUUUUAAAUACAUGGUACUGCUAUUUAAUCUCCAUGUAUAUCCAUGCCACAAACCAAUAAAUUCAGAUGCCAGUA